GGAGAGGGUGCGGCCGGCAGCCCCGCCCCUUUUGUCAGCGUUGCGUCUUCUCAGUGAGUGCACUCCAAUUCCGGAGUGUGGAGGCGGCUGCGGUGACCCCGUCGGCUCUCCGGCGUGUCUUGCACGCAGCUGCGGAGGACUCUCGGCUCUGGGCAGUGGGCAUCAUCUUCCCACCUAAAGGUUUCGGAAGCGGGCCAGCCCUCCUCGGCUUUGCCCUUGGUGAUGCGCAGAGGGAGAUUCAGGGUCCGUCGCGAGGUUAAGGCCGAGAGAACGCUAUUGAGUGAAAGCUGCUCCUGAAUGUCUGAGCCCUGGCCUCCCAGGGAAGGGAAAUUAACCCCUAAAACGGCGGUCACCAGCCCCACUUGACAUUCAGAGGCCGGGACCGGCCCGUGGUAGCCGCCUCCCCUGGGGAAAGUUGCGAGUAGUUUUGCAUGGAAUGAUUUUUAAAGGGAGGAAAACUUCCUCUGCAUGGAAAAUGACACUUUCAAAUAUCAAAUCCGCAGCCUGGGCAUACUCUCUGAUUACACUAGGAACUGAAAUGUUAAGUUCUUUUUUCAGUUUCUACUGUGUGAAACUUUUCUUGGAACUGUACAAGAUUUCAGAGUUGGCCUUCUAUCAAUCCCAGGUAAUUUUAAUGAUCUGGAGUGUUCUGAAUGACCUGAGCGGGUAUUUUCUAAUGAACUCUCAGUAUGAUUGCUGUCUAAGUUACCACUGUUCCCUGUUUGGAACCCUUCUGCAUGCAGCGGCCUUCCUGCUCCCUUGGUUCCCUUGGAGACACUAUCAAGAAGGUGACUGGCUCAACGGACUUCAUCUGGUCGUCUCCCUGUGCGCGUUUGACAGCACCCUUACCUGGGUGCAGCAGGCCCAGCGCCGCUUGUUUGCAGAGACUUUCCCCAGACACGAGAGCAGGCUGCAACUGAUGAAAAUCAACCAGGUGGCAUCCCUGCUGGGCUCCACCAGCGUCCUCUUCUGUGGCCUCAUCUCUCACAACAUGGAAAUCCUGCCCAAUUUUCAGGUCGUCGCCGUCGUCACCGCCUUCCUGGCAGCUACCAGCCUUUACAGUGGCAUGUUCCAUAUGCGGCAUUUUGAAUGUAAAAGAAACCCGAAGGAAGCCUUCCUCUCUGAGAGUGAACAGGAGCUGGCGUGGACCUCCACCAUCUUACCCAUGAGACAGAUCUUGUCUCAGAGGAACUUCCACCUUUUCCUCAUCGUGAAUUUCUUCCAAGUCUUCCAUUUGACCUUGUUCAGUAACUUCAUGAUGAUCUUUGCAGAUAACCUCAUUCCCACCGAGGCUCUCUCUUCUUCCGCAAGGAGCGUCAUGUAUGGGGCUGCCUUCAUCUGCCCUCAGUGCCUGGUACUUCUAGGUCAGUCCUGGCUGAAGAAAUAUGGUUACUAUAAGAUUAUCUUAAUUUCUUUCUACCUAGAAGGAGCGGCCGCCACUGUCAUGUUACUUCUGGGACAGGAGUACUAUUACUGUUUGGCUGUUUAUUUCACUUUUAUCAUGGUGAUUGUUCACGCCUCUUUUUGCUUAUUUAACUUGCCACUGGCUGACAUGGUUGAUGCAGAUUUACUGAAGUUUAACAGGCAGUCUCCCCUUUCUUUGAUGGUUUUUGGCAUCAGCGCUUUGUUUACCAGGCCUGCCCAGUCUUUGGCUCCCAUGUUGAUCCUGUCUAAGCUAACCCAGUAUGGAUAUGGAGAGCCCAACAACAGAAUACUUUUAGAUCUUCAAGACACCAUGUUUAGUUUGGUUUGUGUGGUCCCGCUGGGCAUCGCCAUGGUGCAGAUUCUGACUUGGAGCUCCUUCUCCAUCAGGAACAGAGCAGACUACUCAGGGACUGUGUAAGCACAGCAGCCGGCCGUGCUGGGCGGUGGUGCCGGCAACACUCCUCCAAGUGCCUGUCAGUCCUUACAGGUUAUGCUGUGCUCAAAGGCAAAACUAAUCUUUACACCCUCUCGUUUGUUUAAAAACCAAAGCAAAUAAAACAAAACCUGACUGCGUG